AUGAAAGAUCAAAUUGCUCCCAAAUCGUUUGUUCGAAAUGGAAUAGGUGCGAUUGUCGCCGUUGUUCUAAUUGCAAUGACCGUAAUUUCCAUGGUUUUUGGUAUAAGAGCGGACCGUGAAACAAACCAUCCUGUCGAUUUGGUCAUUAAAAGGCCUAACGUGGAGUCCGCGGGAUGGGAUCAUCCACAAUAUCCCACUUUUCUAAGUACUUGCAGUGGUGAGCAUCUGAAAGUCUUGGAGGGCGCAUUCAACGAAACAAUGAACAUCACAGCUCUUGCAAGAGCCCGUCUGAUGGCUUAUGGAGACAAAGACCAGAUAUACAAAAGGUGGUUUGGGAGUGGCAACCUGUACACUGUGGUUGGAGUCCUGGAGGCCAUUGCAGAGGUACCUAAAGAAAAUGUGCUCUUCCGGUGCGACGACAUCGAUGGUCUCUGCGCCGCUAACCCAGACUACUACGCGGGUCAUCAUAGACUCAAUGCCACCCAGGAAACCGUCAUUUGCGAUUUCUUUUACGAAAGCAAGCUGCCUUCCAACAGUAUGUGUUCCAAGGGCGGGAUGGCUACCGUUGCUCCAUCGAAGUAUAUGGGAAUCGACAUGAUCCAUCGUUUGUUCCACGUCCCAACCAUGAACUUGGACGAGUACAUUGGUGAGUACGCCGAGGAAAUGGACGAAGUCCUCGAAAUGGCUUCCAAAAAUGCCACUUUUGCCGUCAAAAACGUCGAUAGCUACUUGUACUAUCUCUAUGAGGUCUACAGCAACGUCGUCAAACCCGGUGGAUGUCGUGGGAAAUGA